GGAGGAGGCGGAGUCGGAGAGGCUGUACUUCAGCGCAGCCUGCCAGACCUCUUCAGGAAGAGUGCUGGACAAAAGGGGGCACACGUUCCUUCCAGACAGUUGAGCCUCUACCUGCCCGACGCUGGUGACAGCUCAUCUUUUUCAUGAUGGUGGCCCCCAAUGGAAAUGAAUCCAGUGCCACAUAUUUCAUCCUAAUCGGCCUCCCAGGCUUGGAAGAAGCUCAGUUCUGGUUGGCCUUCCCAUUGUGCUCCCUGUACCUUAUUGCCGUGCUAGGAAACUUGACGAUCAUCUACAUUGUAUGGACUGAGCACAGUCUACAUGAGCCCAUGUAUAUCUUUCUUUGCAUGCUUUCAGGCCUUGACAUUCUCAUCUCCACCUCAUCCAUGCCCAAAAUGAUGGCGAUUUUCUGGUUCAAUUCCACUACCAUCCAGUUUGAUGCUUGUCUGCUACAGAUGUUUGCCAUCCACUCCUUAUCUGGCAUGGAGUCCACAGUGCUGUUGGCCAUGGCCUUUGACCGCUAUGUGGCCAUCUGCCACCCACUGCGUCAUGCUACUAUGCUCACGUUGCCUCGUGUCACCAAGAUUGGCGUGGCUGCUGUGCUGCGGGGGGCUGCGCUGAUGGCACCCCUGCCUAUCUUCAUCAAGCGGCUGCCCUUCUGCCACUCUAACAUCCUUUCCCAUUCCUACUGCCUGCACCAAGAUGUCAUGAUGCUGGCCUGUGCUGACAACCGGGUCAAUGUCAUCUAUGGCCUCAUUGUCAUCAUCGUUGCCAUUGGCCUGGACUCACUUCUCAUCUCCCUCUCAUAUCUGCUUAUCCUUAAGACUGUGUUGGGCUUGACACGUGAAGCCCAGGCCAAGGCAUUUAGCACUUGUGUCUCUCAUGUGUGUGCUGUUUUUAUAUUCUAUGUGCCUUUCAUUGGAUUAUCUAUGGUGCACCGCUUUAGUAAGCGGCGUGACUCUCUCCUGCCUGUUGUCAUGGCCAACAUCUAUCUGCUUGUUCCUCCCGUGCUCAACCCUAUUGUCUAUGGAGUGAAGACAAAGGAGAUCAGGCAGCGCAUCCUUCGUCUUUUCCAUGUGGCCACACACACGUCGGAUCCCUAGGUGUCCAUGAUCUAACGUCUUUUCCAUUCAAAAUCUUCUGAUUCAGAAUUUCAUGUCAACAUUUUGGAAGACAGUAUUAAGAAAAAAAUCUCCCAUAAUAAAAAUACAACUCAGAUCCUUCAAAGAUGAAUCUGGUUGGGGAAUCGCCAUGUGAAAAGGCAUAGCAGGAUUAUAUACUCCUAAUCCCAAUGUUUCAAUAUUAUUUUCCGCUUUGGUUUUUCUCUAUAUAUAAUUAUUAAGACCCUGAGUUGGUUGUGGUUAGAAAGUUAUUAUU